AUGAAUGCAGUGAAUGUGGGGCUCACUUCAAAGCGCUGGGAGCUGGGAGGGGAGCGCGGGGAGUGCUGUAAUGUCGUCGGGGAAAAGAGCAACAAAGUCUCGGGAGUCUUUUAAGGAAAGAAAUAAUAAUAAAACACCUGUAAUCGCUGUCCUAUCUUAUCUUAUCCUAUCACAUCCUGUUUUAUCCGUUUCUCUCUCUCUCUCUCUCUCUCUCUCACACACACACACAGACACACUCGUUUGUACACCCGGAUCUGCUUUACAUUUCGUCCGCGUUCAAGACUUCUCAAAAAAAGAACCGUAUCAAGUUAACGAGCCUUGCUAGUUCGCUUGCUAGCUAGCAAGCAAACCGUGUUAGCAACUUAGCCGCAUUAGCAACCUCACCUCGGCUAAUUCUUGUUCAAGUACUACUUUAGCACAAACACAUAGCUCAUUAUUUUUAAGUGCUACAUACUUGUUUAUUCGUGUUAUUUAACUUGUAAAAAUGCUAAAAUGUUUAUUGAAUAUAGAGUUGAGAAGAUGAAAUGGAGCUAGCUUGUUGUGCUAGCUUGUCGCUAACUUAGCUAGCAUAGUUUAGCACUUGAAUCUGCAAUUUUUAUUGUUUUACCCACUUAUAAAUUUACUUUAAGGAAUAAUAAACGGUGUCCUGGGUAAUCAUGUUGAAUUUAUAUCUUGGUUUAAAUUUGUAUAAAAAAGAAAUGCGGGAAUUUAAGAAGCUUUUCAUUUUAAACCAAUGCUAGUUCAUUUAAAUUUUAAGCUUAUUGUUUUAUUUUCUAGUGUCAAAGUUUUAAUCUCUGGCCUCAUAUGUUGACACUGAAAUUAAUUAAAUUAAAUCAAUCAGAUUCAUGAGUCCGGUCAUGUUAGUUGUGUUAUAAGCUUUCAUUUUAAUUUUAAGCUUAUUGUUUUUAUCUUAAUUGUUUAAAAAAAAAAAAGUAUUUUCUAGUCUCAACGUUUUGUUGUUCGACUGGAUAUGAUGGCCUUGAAUUUUAUUUCAAUUAAUCUCCGGUCUGGUUAGUGGUUUUAAUAUAUAUUGGUGCAGUAGGUUGAAAGUUUAUAGAAGUAGUGCUUGAACAUAAGAUUGUAUCAGUUCUUUGAAUUCGUCCGAUCUUUAGAGAUCAGAUAGAUAUCGAGCCAUCAUGAGGUGACGGUUUAAAUCUUUUGAAACAGUUUAUGGCCGAGAUAGAGAGAGAGAGAGCUGUGUACGGGUUUCUUUGUAUCUAAUCUUCCUUAAGUGUACACCACGACUUAUUAUUAAGACUACCUUUAUAUACAGUUACAUUCGUAAACAAAAUCUAGCCCGCACAUUUUUCUAUUCUGUUCAAACUGAAUGUUGCACAGACUACACACACACACACACACCAAGAACUGUAUCGAGGCUGCUGGAGACAAGAAACAGGACUCAAGGAGGAAUUAUUUCACAGUGGCAUUAAAGGAAAUCUGGAUUUGAUUGUUCCCGUGCGUGGGCUGAGCUGGGAACGGGUGCAUGGAAGUAGUAAGGAUGAGUAUAAAGGAGAAGCCUUACCUGGCGGACCUUGGGGGCAGCUUCACUGAGGAUGCGCCCCGUCCCCCGGUCCCGGGUGAGGAGGGUGAGCUGGUGUCUGGUGAUGCACGCUCGUAUAGCUUGGGCUUUUACUCCCUCAAGAGCGAGAGCCUUAGAUGCGAGGCCUCCAUAGCCACGCCGAGACGACCCGACCUGGACCUGGGCUAUGAACCCGAGGGCAGCGCCUCACCAACGCCACCCUAUCUGAAAUGGGCAGAGUCGCUGCAUUCGCUGCUGGAUGACCAGGAUGGAAUCCACUUGUUUCGCACCUUCCUCAAGCAAGAGGACUGUGCCGACGUGCUGGAUUUCUGGUUCGCCUGCAGCGGCUUCCGUAAGCAGGACACCGGUGAGGGGAACGAGGAGAAGAAGCUGAAGCUGGCGAAGGCUAUAUACAAAAAGUACAUCCUGGACAGUAACGGCAUUGUGUCACGCCAGAUCAAGCCGGCCACCAAGAGCUUCAUUAAGGACUGUGUGAUGAAGCUGCACAUAGAUCCGGCCAUGUUCGAUCAGGCCCAGACGGAGAUUCAGGCCGUGAUGGAGGAAAACACAUACCCUUUGUUCCUCAAAUCGGACAUUUACUUGGAAUACACUAGGACAGGCGGCGAGAGCCCUAAGUUGUACAGCGAUCAGAGCUCCGGGUCAGGGAAUGGCAAGGUGUUGCCUGGUUACUUGCCGACGCUGAACGAGGACGAAGAGUGGCGGUGCGAGCAAGAGACUGAGGAGCACAGCGAGAGCGACCCGACUCCUACCAACCGCCUCACCCAGAAGCUGCUCUUGGAGACGGCGCCGCAACGGGCAGCUAGCAGCAAGAGAUACCAGGACGGUCGUGAGUACAGACACGGGUCAUGGCGGGAACCAUUCAACCCUUACUACGUCAACACGGGCUACGCGCUGGCACCCGCCACCAGCGCCAACGACAGCGAGCAGCAGAGCAUGUCAAGUGAUGCCGACACCCUCUCCCUAACAGACAGCAGCGUAGAUGGAGUCCCUCCCUAUAGAUACCGUAAACAGUCUCGGCGCGAGAUGCACGAAAGUGCCAAAGCUAAUGGGCGAGUGCCACUACCUCAUAUUCCCCGGACAAACCGGAUGCCAAAGGAUAUCCACGUGGAGCCAGAGAAGUUUGCGGCAGAGCUGAUCAGCCGGCUAGAGGCGGUCCUGAGAGAGCGCGAAGCCCAGGAGAAACUAGAAGAGCGCCUCAAGAGGGUCCGGCUGGAGGAAGAAGGAGAUGACGCAGAUGUGUCCACUGCACCAUCUCUGUCUAGCCACAGGCUGCCCCCUGCUGUGCAUGUGCAGCACUACACGGCACGCUACUCAGACACCGCCUACACUGGGCUGGGGCUGCGCGAUGCACACGAGGAGAACCCAGAAAGCAUUCUGGACGAGCACGUACAGCGCGUCAUGAAGACGCCCGGCUGCCAGUCACCCAAGUCCCGGUCACCUGACGGCCUUCCUGCGACCAAGAUGCCCGGGCAUAUUGCCCCGCUGCCAGGCGGCCAAGGAAAACACCCGGCAAGGCAGGGACCCAAGGGUGAACUGGGGCAUACGUACCACCACAAACAUGCACACCACACACACCACGCUGAGGGAGAAGGGAUGAGGCAGUGGAACAUGGAUCAGCACCAUUAUGGCCCCAAGACGAGGAAUUACUCUGAUGCCAACAACGCUAUUGAUCCCAUCGGGUAUAGCAGUAAAGGUGCCACGCUGUCGAAGCGGCCGUACAAGAAAGGUGAGGACAUGCGGAAUUUCGAGGCGCGAGAAGCGCCUCCGGAGGACCAAGACAGGAACCAGAAGAUCCUGCAGUGGAUGAUGGAGGGAGAGAAGGAGGCAGUACGCUACAAAAAGAGCCCCUACGGGAGCAUCUCAGGCUCGAAGAAGGCGCAGGGUCACGAGUCGGGCAGACCGAGCUCGGUGGAGCGGCCGGGGGCCGUGCAUCCGUGGGUGAGCGCGCAGCUCCGCAACAACGUUCUGCCCUCGCACCCCUUCAUCCAGGAUCCCACCAUGCCCCCGAACCCUGCACCCAACCCCCUCACACAACUGGAGGAAGCUCGCAGACGACUCGAGGAGGAAAAGAAAAAAUCAGGAACCCUUCAGACCAAGCAGAGACACAAAGGCAUGAAAAAGCAGCAGUGCGAAAACAUCACCGUGGCAUAUUACUUCUGUGGCGAGCCGAUCCCGUACAGGACCUCGGUCAAAGGAAGGAUCGUCACGCUAGGGCAGUUCAAGGAGCUGCUUACCAAGAAAGGGUGUUACAGGUAUUAUUUCAAGAAAGUGAGCGAUGAGUUUGACUGCGGUGUGGUGUUCGAAGAGAUACGCGAGGAUGAAGCCAUCCUGCCCAUCUUCGAGGAGAAGAUCAUCGGCAAAGUGGAGAAGAUCGACUGAAGAUAAGGAAGGAGGAGAAAUCACAGAGCUGGCAUAGCCUUUUAGGAGGAGGAACAACGUAGAAGGCAGUAAAGGAAGGAAGCUAAGAGGAGGUGCUAAUAGAUGGUACUGAGUAU